GAAGUACAUAGAGUCACAUUGAACAUUUCUUAAUCGGUGAGAAAGUUGCAGAACUGUAUAUUCUACAUUUUAGUUCAUGAUGCUCUGGAGGGUGCACCAGCCUUAGGACUGUAAACCAUGUUUAUCCCAAGGGUGGUUUUGCGGCUGAACCUGCUUUCUAAAGUGUCAGGUUCGUUGCAGAAUCAGAGCCAGGCAUUAUGCAGUGCAGUCCAACACUGCCAAUCUUCUCGUUUCAAAGCUCUUCACCAUACAAACAGAUACUUCACUUCAGCCGCUGACAACAAACAUCCACCCCAACUAUGGACACCUCUUGAGCUAGAGUUAGAGGAGGCCCUCAUUCCUCGUAAAUUAUCUGUUUCUCCCCUGGAAAGCUGGCUUUCUCUGCGUUAUUCUCUCCCAACUUUGCUGGAGGUUUCUUCACCUUUAGAAGAAGGGGAGAUUAUAGGAGAAUCCAUGGUGCUGCCUCCAUGUACCGUGCCAUUAUUGGAGGACGGAAAAAGCUCAAUACCACUGAACUGCAAGAAUGUGCUGGAGAUUCGGCGAAGGAAGAUGAACAGGCACAAGUACAGGAAGCUGCUUAAACGAACCAAGUUUCUGAGGAGGAGGGUGAAGGAUGGCAGGAGGAAGAAAAAGCAGGCUAAGUUUGAGAGGGAUCUUGUUCGUAUCGCUAGGCGAGCUGGACUGAAGAAAGCACCAGAGGGAUGGACGACACCCAAAGUCUUUGUCAAACUCAGUCAAUCUAAAAGAGAUUAAAAAAUAGAUGUACAUCUAAUGUGUAAUCUUAAUGUUUUUGACUAGUGUUUCUAUUCAUAGUAACUCUCAAUCUGCCACCACUGCAACUGAAGCAAAAUAUUGACUUGAAAUUCCAUGGACCCAUUCAUAUAACAAAUCAAUAUGUACUCACUGCUGCAAUAAAAAGGCAUCACCUCUUAG